CCAGGCACCGUCCAGGUGCUCCCGGGAACUGGGCCGGUGGCUGGCAGCGCCCUUGCGCGGAACCCGCUGGUCGAGCGCGUCGACUUCACCGGCGGCGUCGCGACAGGCCUCAACGUCCAGCGCACGAUGACCGAGGCCGGCCGCGUGCGCGCGUACUGUGCGGAGCUCGGCGGCAAUGCGCCCGUGGUCGUCUUCGCCGACACGCGCUCCAUCGACGAGGCCGUGAACGGGGUGUGCUUCGCCGCGUUCGUGGCCUCGGGGCAGACGUGCGUCAGCGGCAAGCGGGUGCUGGUGCAGCGGGAGAUCUUCGCGGAGUUCCGGGAGAAGCUCGCGGCCAAGGUCUCCGCGCUGCAGCUUGGGGACCCGAUGCUGCCGGAGACUGACCUGGGCCCGGUCAUCACCGAGGCGCAGCUAAAGAGAAUAGAGGAUCAGGUCGGCACGGCCCUGCGGCAGGGCGCGAAGGCGCUCGUCGGGGGCCGCCGGCCGGACGCCGCGCGCUGCCCGCUGGCCGGCGCGGGCCACUUCUUCGAGCCCACGGUUCUCACGGACGUGACCCCUGACAACCUCGCGUUCGCCGAGGAGAUCUUCGGGCCAGUCAUAUCCCUUACCGAGUUCGGCGACGAGGCGGAGGCGGUGGCCCUGGCCAACCGCUCCCAGUACGGCCUCGGCGGAGCCAUGUGGACGGAGGACGUCAGGAGAGCGCACCGCGUGGCCAAGAAGCUCCGCAGCGGCGUCAUGUGGGUGAACUGCCACCACCGCAACGACCCCUCCAGCCCCUGGGGGGGCUUCGGCCAGAGCGGCAUCGGGCGGGAGAACGGCCCCGAGGCCUUCGAGGAGUACACAACCACGAAGAGCCUGACAAUCCGCACCAGCGACGUCGCGGAGAACUGGUUCGGCGACAGGGCCGCCCGGUACGGCUAGCGCCUGAGGCCCUGCUGGAGGGUCACGAGGCCCUCCCGCCGCCGCCGCCUGGCCCAGCCGCGGCGCCCAGGGCAUGGCCGCGGGGCGCCCGCUGAGGCUGCUGGGCGGGGCCUCGCGAAGUCCCCUUGCUCGGUACGAUCGACAUGGGUACCGAAAGAGUGGGUACGAGGACCGACAGCAGCUCCUGUCCAUUCUGACAGGGUUCGCUGUCGACGUCGCUGCGGGCGCUGUCCAUUUGAGGCAGAAGGCCUCUUGCCCAAUAGCGGCCGCUGUCGAUUUUGGACAACAUUUGCCGCUGGGCGUCCUGCCCCCUCCCCAUUUUGGGCGUCCAAUCCUGCGGCGGGCGCCGUGCUCAGGGCCCAGACGUGCU